UUUCGAAUAUUUUUCUUUAGGGAAAUUUAGUGUUGGAAAAAAUAUGGGUCUUAGAUACCAAAACUGGACAGAUGUUGUAGGCGGCUGGUAUGCGGAUAUAAAAGAAUUCACCUAUAAUGCAUCAAAUGCAUUUCAGAAAGUAGGACAUUACACACAGAUAGUCUGGGCAAACACUGCUACUAUUGGUUGUGGAUUCGCUGAUUGCAAAGGUCAAGGAAAAAUGUUUGUAUGUAACUAUGGUCCAGCAGGAAACGCUCAUGACACUUAUAACCUACCAUAUAAAUCAUGUAAAGGACCUACAAAACUCAUUGAUUGUAAAGGAAGGGUUUGUCGGAAUUGGAGUACAAGGAUUGGUGAUGGUUGUAAGUGUAAAUGUUUGAAGAGCCGGAUCUAUCAUGGACCACAAUGUAGAAUGAACUGUGCUCGAGGCAAAGAAAAUGCUCAUUGUGGUGGAUAUUUCACAAAAGAAGAUUGUAUUGAGUAUUCCAAUGUUCCAUUCAUAUGUCCUGAGACGUGUAACCUGUGUCCAAAUUUAUCUAGUUCUGUGAAGCCCUCUUCAUUAAAAGAUACUAUUAUUAUUACUACUACGUCUAUUGUUCCAAAUACUACUACUACUACAUCUGUAGUCACUCAGAAAUAUUGUCCGCAACACUUGCAAGGAAUACAAAACCCUACAGAAUGCUACAAUAAAUAUGACGAAGUUCACUCAUUUGAUUCACUACUUACUUUUGUAAAAUCACCUAUGAAAGUAGAAUUGGAAGAAUCAGCUUCAGAAUACUCGUUAAAGAAUUGCCCUAGAAAGUACCAUGGAAUAGUAAAUCACACGGCUUGCAUUUCAAAAUCUCAAUAUGCAUACAGAUCAGGUAAGUUAAGUUUGUUGUUUAAGAAAUAAUCUGAACUUCAAAUUCCUGCAAAAUCU